AUGGAGGAUCGCGAACUGCAACUUUGGAACAAGCAGAAUGGUGCUAUGGCCCAUGAGGACAAUGGCGAUAUGAUAUCUGAAUCGUCGCAUGGCCGGAAUGAUGACAGCCUGUCUCCCCCUUCUCGGAGUAGAACCACAGGCGAAACUGUCCGAGCCCAGGUGAGAGUUAAGAAACUCUUCAAUUUCACCCAGAUCUUCUUCUUCGCCCUUACGUUUAUGUCAAGCUGGGAGACCAUGGCAUUGUAUCUCACAGGUUCCUUUACAAACGGUGGACCUCGAGCGCUCUCAUGGGGCAUUAUCGUGGUCGUUUGCGGAGCUCUUGCGCAGUCCGCCUCUUUGGCAGAAAUGGCUUCAAUGCAGCCAAUUGCCGGUGCGCAAUACCACUGGACACAUCAUCUGGCGCCGCCUAAUCAGAAAAGAUUUAUUACGUGGAUGCAGGGCUGGAUAACUUGGUUUGCCUGGGUGUCUCUGCUUGCCGGCGUCGCUAAUACCACUGCAAACAUGCUCCAAGGGGUUGUGACGGCCAAUUAUCCGGGCUUUGAUGGAGCUGUCCAUAUGAGCGAAGAAGUGCGUCGUGCAAAAAAAGCUGUUCCUCGGUCCAUGUUCUGGACCGUUGCAAUCAACGGCAUUUUUGCCUACGCCAUCAUCUUGACCAUAUUAUUCACGAUGGGUUCGAUAGAGGACGCCCUCACUGCGCCCUCGCCGAUCAUCCAAAUUUGCCAACAAGCUACCGGGUCAACCAGUGCAGCCACAGCUAUGGUCUGCGGUCUCCUGAUUAUCUCCCUUGCAGUGAAUCUAGCCAGCAUUGCGUCGACAUCUCGCCUUACAUGGGCGUGGUCUCGCGAUGGUGGUCUUCCAUCGUGGUUCUCAUAUAUCGACCGAAAACACUCCGUGCCUGUCCGCGCCGUCUGGCUCCCCAUAGUGAUUGUCAUGGUUCUCUCCUGCCUUAACAUCGCCAGCACCGCCGCUUUCGGCGCCUUCAUCGCCCUCUCCUCAAUAGGCCUCUUUUCCUCAUACAUCAUUGCCAUUAGUUGCAUGGUCCACGCACGAUUUAAGCAGAAGAAUCUCCAAUUUGGCGACUGGACGAUGGGCCGUCUGGGGUUGCCUGUCAAUAUCUUUGCUCUGGCCUACACCUGCUACGUGACGAUAUGGCUGCCAUUCCCCAACUACUUGCCCGUGAACGGGGUGAACAUGAACUAUGCUCUUCCUAUAUUUGGAGUGAGCACGUUAUUUGCGCUGUCGUACUGGCUCCUGAGUGCCAAGAAGAAUUGGCGUGGGUUGAAUAAGGAAGUUAUUCGACUAGUUGUCGAAGGGGCUGGAUGGACCUGCCAAUUUCUUCUGUUGCUUUGUACGGAUAUUUUGAUCAUCAUCAUCAUCCUCCUCCUCCUGAAAAAGCAGGAAAGCCUUCCGUUACAUUUCCAAUGCGCCGACAUGUCACUGAGAGGUCGAGUUUUUGUCAUUCGACAACGGUCAAUGAUCUAUGGAAGGAAAUAA